CAGAACGAAUGCGAAUAUGCGCAUAAAAUAAAAGUGCAAAAAACGCAAUAAACUAGAAUAAGAACAUUGAAAAAAUGUCUGUGCUGCGUUUUCUGGUAACGCGGCAGGCGCUGGCGGCUCUAGCAAAGCGUUCAGCAGUGCCUACUCUACAGAAUUGCCGCACAAUUUCAUCCGCAGUCAACAACCACAAAUACCAACCGAUUUUGGCAAUAAAAGCAGAUGAUGCUGCGUCCCAAAUGCAACUGCAACAAACGCGCGGCCAUAAGCGUUUUGGUCAUGGCGAGGAGAAAACCCCCCAGGUUACCAAAUAUUUUCACCUUUUGGUGCUCAGUUUAUUUGUCAUCUCGGUGCUGGACUGGGGCAAAGUGAAACGCUUGCUCAUACCCAAAGUGGACGCGGAUGCUGGCCAGCGUCCGUCCGAUGCGGCCGGAGUAAAUGGCGACAGCAGCUCCGAUGAGUCGGAGGACGAUGAGGCGCGCCUGAACCCGCACGAUAGCAAAAAGAUUAAGGAAAAAGUUGGCUUCCGCGAGCGCAAGAUCAUUGAGUAUGAGAAUCGCAUCAGGCAAUUCUCGACGCCAGACAAAGUAUUUCGCUACUUUGCCACCAUCCAAGUGCCGGUCGCCGAUGAUCGCCAUGAGGUCUACAUGACACCAACCGAUUUUUUGACUAGCAUGACGCCAGGCAUGAAACAACCAGAUGGUUUGGGUCUGGAUCAGUAUCGUCGCUAUGAUCCCAAGUCUGUGGGGGAGCAGUUGAACUUGCAACUGGAAAAGAACAGCAUAUUCUAUAAGCUGGGCUCCUAUGGACUCAUUACCUUUUCCGACUACAUCUUUCUGCUCACAGUACUCUCCAUUUCCCGUCGCCACUUCGAGAUUGCAUUUCGCAUGUUCGAUUUAAAUGGCGACGGGGAUGUGGACUGCGAGGAGUUUGAAAUGGUGGCGACUCUGGUGCGCCAGCAGACCAGCAUGGGUACACGGCAUCGGGAUCAUGCGAAUACAGGGAACACAUUCAAGUCCUUGAAGGGUGUAAAUUCGGCCCUGAUAACAUACUUCUUUGGGCCCAACAUGGACGAGAAGCUGACAAUCGAAAAGUUCUUGGACUUUCAGGAGCAGCUGCAACGCGAAAUACUCUCACUUGAGUUUGAACGCAAGGAGCCCAAUGAUGAUGGCAAUAUAACCGAGGCAGACUUUGCCGAGCUGCUGCUCGCAUAUGCGGGCUAUCCGCCCAAGAAGAAGCAAAAGAAACUGAAGCGUGUUAAGCGUCGUUUUCGUGACCAUGGCACGGGCAUAUCCAAAGAGGAUUAUCUCGACUUCUUUCACUUCCUGAACAACAUCAAUGAUGUGGACACGGCGCUGACUUUCUAUCACAUUGCUGGCGCCUCGAUUGAUCAGCAAACGCUGCAGCAUGUGGCCAAAACUGUGGCCAUGGUUAACCUCUCCGAUCACGUGGUCGACGUGGUCUUUACCAUAUUCGAUGAGAACAACGAUAAUCAGCUGAGCAACAAGGAAUUCAUCUCGGUCAUGAAAAAUCGCGUGCAACGCGGCCUGGAAAAGCCUAAGGAUACGGGCUUUCUCAAAAUGAUGCGUUCGGUCUUCAAAUGUGCCAAAGAGACAAAGCCCGUACUUUUGGAUAUCUAGGUGUCUGCCGCCUACUUCGUUAUAAUGGAUUCUCGUUUGUUCAGUGCUAAAAGCGCGCUUGUUAGUCAUUUUUCUUACGCUUGCUCCUAUUUAUGUUUAGUUUAACUUUACUUUAAACGCUUUAGCGCAAUUCAAAACGAACUUUUGGGCCGGUCAACUGCGCAAAUUUAUUUGAGAAUUUGUCCCAGUCAGCGUAAAGCCUCGGCUGUUUGUUCCUUGAAACGUUUGAAUAACUGAUCGACGAACUGCAAGUAAUUGCUUGAGAUAUUUUCCGUAGAUUUCGCAUUGGCUAUCCCAAAUGUAGAUUUAACAAUACAUUACAUACUUGUAAAUUAUAAACAAAUUUGUUUAAACAUGUAUUGUGCUCUUAAAACGUUUACAAAAUACAAGUAU